CACGGCGUUUUGCUGUUGGCGCGCGCGAUACCCAUUAAGUAACGGGCACCACCACACAAAAAUUACAAAAUAAAUAGAAACAUUCAAAAACGAAAAAAAAAAACAACAACGGAACGGAACGGAACUAAACAGAAGAACAAUUGCAGCUGCAAUUGGAAUAAAUCGAGGAUUAUACAACCCGUGCUACGCUUCAUCAUCAUCGUCAUCAGGCAGCAGCAGCAUCAUCCCAAUCAAUCAAUCACCAAAUAGAAUUCGGUACAUAAAACUGCAAUGUUUAAAUAAGACUUUUAAAUCAUCAAAAAGAUGCAAAGAUAUGUACAUUGUACAUACAUACAUAUGUGCUAUCUACGGACACAGACACACGACUUGUCAUAGAAUUGCAGCACUCUGAGGAGACACCACCCAUGGAGGCGAACUAGGUGGGAGACAGAGGGAAACGGAUCAACGUUUGCCAUAAAUCAAAGACAGCUAAAGACAGAGAAAUAACUAACUAGCAACCGACUCAGACAAAGCCAUUAGCAAUUACUUUACACGCCCACACACACACACCACACACACCACACACACCACACACACCACACACACUACACACACACCACACAUACACAAACAUAUGCACACAUAAUCGACCCUUUUAAUGGGCGAUGCUCUGUAAAUACAUAAGACAUAAUACACUUAGGAUCUAAGGACUCCACAACACACACUCAAUUCUCUGAGAUAAAUACACAAACGGAAAAACGAAACAUAGACUCAGACUCCCAAAAAAAAACAAAACAAAAAAACACUUCUUAUAUCGCCUGAAACUUCAGAGCCAAAAUUGAGUUGGGAUUUUCAUAAAUAUACAUAUACUCGUACACGACUCAAGAGAAUCGAAUAAGCCAGUAAGCAGUGUACAGUGGCACAGUGCACAGUGAACGGGGGGAAGAGGUCGUCGAAAGGAAACGGGGUACGGCGGAGCAGGGUACAAUUUUGCGACUGCCAAGAUGCAUAUUGAAAUCCAGGUGGCCCUGAAUUUUGUCAUCUCCUAUCUGUACAAUAAACUGCCUCGCCGACGGGUGAACAUAUUCGGCGAGGAGCUGGAGAAGGCGUUGCGCGACAAAUUCCAGGGACACUGGUACCCGGAGAAGCCAUUCAAGGGUUCCGCUUAUCGUUGCCUGAAGACCGGUGAUGCCAUCGAUUCGGUUCUGGAGCGUGCGGCACGGGAGAGCGGUGUGCCCAUCAGCGAUGUAUUAGAGAAUUUGCCCCACGAGCUGUCCGUGUGGAUGGAUCCCGGCGAGGUGUCCUUUCGCGUUGGCGAGAAGGGAGCCGUAAAGAUUCUUUACACGGAGAACAAUGAGAAUCACGAGGAUAGCCGAUCGGCAGAUCGUGAGGUCACCAAGACGUUCAAUCCGGAGGCCCAAUGCUUUCGACCCAUCGAUGUGGUCAACACGACCCUGACCAAUCUGAGCUUAAGCCCCAAGUCAUUGCCGGUGCCCAUGCCACAGUCGGGCUCAUCGCCACACUCGGCCGCCUCUGGGUCGCCCACCUAUAAGGGCAGCCCCAAUCCCAAUGCCAGCAAUGCCAGCAAUGCCAGCAAUGCCAGCCAGGGCAGCUGUGGCUCCGCCUCCGGUUCGUCCAGUGGCUCGGCACCGGCUCAGGGUCAGGGGCAGCCACAGGCCACAACUCAGGCGCCGGCUCACGGCAAUACGUCAGCUGGGGGCGGCACAGCAUCGGCGUACUUGCAGCGUGCACCACAGGCGCCACUGACCUUCACGACCGCCACCUUUGCCCAGACGAAAUUCGGCAGCACCAAGCUAAAGACCAGCUCGAAGCGGGCCAACAGCAGCGCGUACCGCAUGUCGCCCACAGAGUUCUCAAACUACAUCAAGCAGCGGGCCAUACAGCAGCAGAUGCAUCACGGCCAUGGGGUCGUCUCGUCCCAGGGCUAUGCCGCCCUGGACCCUGUGUCGCCAGCACGCUCGAUCUCGCCCAAUCCAUUGGCACUGGGCGGCCAAAUGGCCAACGGGGGUGUAGCCGGUGACCACUUCUACUAUCCCGGCGUGGUCAUGGGCCUAUAUCCGCCAUUCAAUGGCCAGCGGAAUCUCUACGAGCCACAUUUCAAUGGCGAUGCCAACAUGGCCAUGUUUGCCGGUCAUCCACACGUCAAUCCCGUGGGUGGUGCAGCCAAGUACAGUACUUACAUGGAGGCUUGCUACUUUCCCAACGGCCAGCAUCUGUCCCAGCAGCAGCAGCAGCAGCAGCAGCCGCUAGGCGGGCAAAUGGACAACGACAGCUGUCCAUAUGGCCUGGAGGCCGAUCAGUGUAUCAUCGAUGAGGGGGUAGCAGCAACAGUCGCAGUUGGAGCUGGAGCUGGUGCAGGUGCUGGGGACUCUUCGCCAGACAACAGUCCCAUUGCCACGCCACCAGUGGCUGCGAUGGCCAACCAAACUGCUGCUGGUGUUGCAGACACAUCAGCCACAGCCGGUCCCGCCAGCCCGGGGGUCAAUCAGCAGCAGCAACAGCAGCAGCAGCAACAGACAGAAUCCUCAACGGCCAGCAAUCUGAUUGAUGGGAUCAACUCGUUCUACGGCACUGGAUCAUCUUACCAGCAGCUGCUGGUGGCCAACUAGGCCUGCCUUCAGCCCCAGCCACAAUAACCAACAGCAGCAGCAAGAGACAUACCAACCCCAAGGCCGAGAGGCAACACCGAGACCGUAGAACCGACCGACCGACAGCUAAAGAGGCAGAACAAUAGAAUCUAGAUUUAAACGAAAACUCCGCCACAUAGUUAUAUAAUAGUGUUAAUUAUUGGGUCUAACUGGGGGGUUCCCCCAGAGAGCCAGGCACCAACCGAUCCAAUUGUUAAAACAUUUUGAGUCACAAAACAAAACAAAAACAAAAUAGAUGAAGAAGACCCAUAAAUUCAAACCAAAAAUAGGAUCCGUUUAGCUAUAUAUACAUUUUGGAUUGUGUACACCUCUCGUUUUUGUGUUGUAAAUAUGAUUAUGAAAUGCUAUGGUAUAUUAGAUGACGAACCUACCCAAUAGAACCCUUAGACACCCGUUCAAUCAGACUGUGUAGAAUGGCCACCAACCCCUUCCCACUUCCCCCCUCCCCCGUAUUUAUAGGAAAAUGUAUAAAUUCAUAUUUUUUACGAUGCUCAUUCGUAGCCAGCCAGUCAAUUCUAGGAUGGCUACAAAUGUAGGUACUAUAUAGCGAAAGACAUACCCAUAGAUAGACAGACCGGAGCCACAUCUUGUGCAUGGGCUAUGGGCUAUUUAUGGGAUGGGAGUAGAGAGAGAGCGAUAAAGAGAGAGUUCAUUAGUUAGCACCCCUACGGACAGGUAUACAUAUAUAUACCAAAUAUUUAUAUUUUGUUAUUCAAUUCGAAGUGAAGUUUCUUUCUUCUAAAAAGCCUAGAGUAUAGAUAUACUAAAUACAUAUAUAGCUGCAUAUAUGUACAGGAACUGCACAGACACAACAGACACUGACAGACACAACCACACAGGUGGUAUAAAACAAAACAAAACAAAGACACACAAGACAACAAAAGCAAAACAAAACAAAAACAAUAUAUGUUUAAAAGGAAAUCAAAUAGAAUUUCUCAAACUAAUUGUUUUUAAUUGUUAUACAUACAUAUAUAUAUACAUAUAUACAUGCAUAUAUUUAAAUAUCCAUCAACUGGAUCAACUUAUGACAUUAAGUUUUUAAUUAGUUCUAAAAUUAAGAGAUAAGCUCAUUUUUGAUAUCAACAAGCAAAAGGUGUGAGAGAAGAGAAAUGAAUUGGAAAUGGAAAUGGAAACUUGCAGACCCCCCCAUGCCCAUACCCUAUAGAAGCCAUACAAGCGUUGGGCGUCUGGGAAGCGAUCAAUUUCGAAUGAGCCCGAAGAUCAGUACCCUGCCCAGAUGCUCAACAAAUGUUUUGUGCCGCGCCCCUGCCUUCCUCCCGCGACUGUAACCUACCGACUGUAAGUGGUUGGGAUAUUCUAGCGAGUUGAAUGAUACGAUACAAGUGAUCACUAGAAUAUUGGACCCCAACCAUUCGAGUUAUCCAAGCCAACUAAAGUCCACCCCAAUGCGGAUAAUGCGGAUGAUCGUUGACUCUAACCAUAAACCAUUAUAUCCAGCAAGCAAAUGGAAAGCACACCACCAGAGACGUGGAAGAGGUUCUAAAAGGAAAACCAAAAGAAAAACAAAAACAAAA